AUCUUACGAUGCUUCACUGUGAUGAGCAUCAUCUUGUGCCAAAUCACUCAUCGUAGCCUUAUGAAGGUCAGUCGAGAUCACUUCGCAUGUAGCAGACAACUCAACAAUCAGUUACAUCAGCCACUGCAUCAGGUCUACUCUCUUGACAGUUUGGUUCAACUUACAUCUUCCCUAUCGCUUUGUGAGCUCGGCACUGGACCCUGCUAUGCUCGUUCAGUUGGCCUUCUAUAG